AUUAAGUGGAGAAUGUCUUCAGUGUGAAACUGAUGAGAUCUAAUCCAUUGAUCAUGUUGGUAGAGUGUAAGUCUGCAUUUUGGCAUGGCCAAGACCAAUACUACCAAGAAUAAAGUACCUGGUAUUCAUCAUUAUUAGAUGAAUGUAUCUUAAUAUUAGAACUAACUACAGUUCUGACCUUACUGCAUUAGGGGAGAAAACCCUACAAAUAAAAAGUAAAAAUACAUAGCACAGUUCUCUGUGUCAGGGAUAAUGCCUGAAAACCAGUAUUUUAUCAAUGUAGCAGUGUUAUACAGGUACUUAAUUACUAGACUUGGGAAGUUCAGAAAUCCUGAAAUGAAAUACUGCUGGUUCUCCCAGCAGGUGGCAACAGACCGACAGAAAACAAUUAUACAGGGAACACAAGGAAAGUGUUUAAAUCUUCAUUCGCUUUCUGAGGAAGGUGUAAACAUGAGUGGGAAAUGGGAAAGACUUACACGUCCCAAAUUAAAAGGAAAAGAGGAUUUUGAUCACCUAAGAACUUACUAAGAGUGCACUGUUUUGUAAAAUGGCAUCACAAUGUUCUAAAAUAAUCCAUGAUUCUGACACUGCUGGUGAGUCAUUCAGGUAAGCAGCCUGUAGGGAGGGAGUGAUGUACAUCCAGUUCAGGAGAAAAAGCAUUUAACUGUCCUUCAUUGGCCUCUUGAUGUAGUUCAAUCUCCAGCAUAUUUGUCCAGCACAUUGAGUUGGGGGAAGAAGGAGAAAUCAGAAAUCACAUCACAUUCAGAGUGAUGGAGCCCUGCAGUCCUGAACACCUGCCUGCCCAUGGGAAGUGUGAAUCCACUCCUUGGUUUGCUUUGCUUGUGGGCACAACUUUUGCUUUGUGUGUUAAACUAUACCUCAACCCACAGGUUCUCCCUGACUCUUCUGAUUCAGGGCUCAGUUGCCAGCUGGUGUUAAACCAGUACAACAGUACUUCUGAUUUCUAGAUUAUCCAAAAAUGCCAUUUUCAGAGAUGUGUCUAUCUUUAAUUAGAGAAAAAGGGUUUAGGUUUCGUAUGGCAGCUCACCAUCUGCCCACAGAGGUUGAAUGCCAGCAUCCAUCAUGACUUACUUUCUGAGAAUCCAGGUCCAGGCCAUAUCUGCCUCAUGUCUUUAUGACUCCCACUGGCAGAGAAAAUGCCACAAAGCACUGUUGCAAAUAAUUUAGUAAUUGACAGACCUCUUUUAGAUUUUAUUGCUGCCAGAUAUGACACAUUGAUUCAAAGUGUGCCUAAGAGGUUUUAGGUGGUGGACUGCUCAAACUAUUUGCUGUGAGACUUUUUCCUGGUUCUCUGAAGCUGUGAGCAUUGACAUUUCAGAUUGUCCAGAGCACCAGAGCUUGUCUGGAAUGUUACCACUUCCACUAGAAGAAGAACACUAGAGACCUAGUCCUUAGUCUCAAAGCAAUGAUCUGAUGGUUUUCUGAAGAACUCUGAGAUUCAGCUUAAGCAAAGCAGCAGAUGGAAAUGAUCAUGGAAAUUCUAUGUUAAAAAACAAUCAUGGCUCCAGAAAUUAUGGCUCUGUAGCUUUUCCCAGCCAAAAUCAAAGAGUAAUGAUUUGCAGGUUUAUGUAAAGAACAACAAAAUAAAGACAAUACCAAAGUGACUUUAUAAAAACCAGUAUGAGCUAGUUGUCACUGUUAAAAUGUAGGUGUUAAAGAAGAUACUUCUAUGCUGGUUGCCAACAGUGGCAGAACAAUCUAUUAAUAUCAUCAUGUCAGAGUAGACUACCCUACAUUUUAGGAAUUGUCUAUUUAAUGCCUGCUGAUUAAACAUCAUCAUAAACAGUACAUUUAUAAAGUCAGGGGAUACAUGAUGCAGAUGCAAGCAAUUAAGUGUGCCUUUUUCUUUGUUACUUAAGGGUUGCAACCACGAGGAUUUCUCUACUGAGAGAAGCUGCUGCUUUCCAGUGGUGAACUAGUGCAGAAGGAGCAAAGUGGAGGAGGUGACUGCACUAAUUUGAUGUCAGAAUGUUGGGGUGAUCUGUCCAGCAAUAAACACUGCAAUAAGAAUCAAAUUUCUUUCUGUUUGGGCAGAGAAGUGAGAGUCUGUACUGAAAGCUGUCCAUACUGCUGACAGCCUGGAUGACUGCACGUGGAAAGAGAAAUAAUAGAAGUAAAUUGAAAUGGUAAUAGAGAAGCCAGGAGACAAUUUAAAACCUAGUAGAGCACACUUAAGAAUGGUAGUUAUGUUUACUUUCCAGAUCUCUAUUUUUUUCUUGUAUCCUUCUCUUUUCCAUUCAUUUGCUCUCUUAUGCCCUCUGCACUGGAAUUCAGGUGUGAUUUUCAUCUACAGAAGUUUGUGCUGGCAGAACAGGGAGCUGGGAUGGUGUGUGCAUUGCCGGUGAUGUAAAACCCCGAGGUGUGAGAAAGCACAGUGUACCAUGUGCUACAUGACCAGGCUCCAAAUCAGUAAGCAUGCCAGCCCUGGCUGCACUGAGUUUGCAGCCUGGGGUGUCUCUGAACCCAGGCUGUGUGGGAGGAUUUGCCCAGGAGGGUGUUGGAGGCAGCAGGGUGACCUCGUCCCGCGGCGCUGUGACGCUGAAGUGCAGCAGCAGGUGCUGGUGCCCGGCCCUGGGAGCCUCCUGCCCUGCAGCCCAGAGCCAGGCUCCUGCACAGACCUGCCAGCAGUGACCCCAAAGGGAGGGAAACACCUCUGGAGACACCAUGCGUGAGUGCAUCUCUGUUCACGUUGGCCAGGCUGGAGUGCAGAUAGGAAACACGUGCUGGGAACUCUUCUGCCUGGAGCAUGGCAUUCAGCCUGAUGGCACCUUCAAGGACCAGCAGGACAAACUCAGCUCUGAUGACUCUUUUACCACAUUUUUCAACGAAACAGCCACUGGGAAGCACGUGCCACGGGCUGUAAUGGUGGACUUGGAACCGACGGUGGUAGAUGAAGUACGGGCUGGCACCUUCCGGGAGCUUUUUCAUCCAGAACAGCUGAUCACUGGAAAGGAAGAUGCAGCCAAUAAUUAUGCCCGUGGCCACUACACCAUUGGCAAGGAAAGCAUUGAUAUGGUGCUGGAUCGUGUCCGUAAGCUGACUGAUGCCUGCUCUGGGCUGCAAGGAUUCCUGAUCUUCCACAGCUUUGGUGGCGGUACCGGCUCUGGAUUCACCUCCCUGCUGAUGGAACGCCUCUCUGUGGAUUACGGCAAGAAGUCCAAACUGGAGUUUGCCAUCUACCCGGCCCCUCAGGUCUCCACUGCUGUGGUGGAGCCCUACAACUCCAUCCUGACCACGCACACCACGCUGGAGCACUCGGACUGCGCCUUCAUGGUGGACAACGAGGCCAUCUACGACAUCUGCCGCCGCAACCUGGCCAUCGAGCGCCCCACCUACACCAACCUGAACCGCCUCAUCAGCCAGAUCGUGUCCUCCAUCACCGCCUCGCUGCGCUUCGACGGCGCCCUCAACGUGGACCUGACGGAGUUCCAGACCAACCUGGUGCCCUACCCGCGCAUCCACUUCCCGCUGGUGACCUACGCCCCCAUCAUCUCCUCCGACAGGGCGCACCACGAGCAGCUCUCGGUGGCCGAGAUCACCAACGCCUGCUUCGAGCCCAACAACCAGAUGGUGAAGUGUGACCCGAGGCACGGCAAGUACAUGGCGUGCUGCAUGCUCUACCGGGGCGACGUCGUCCCCAAGGACGUCAACGUGGCCAUCGCUGCCAUCAAGACCAAGAGAACCAUCCAGUUUGUCGACUGGUGUCCCACAGGCUUCAAGGUUGGGAUCAACUACCAGCCCCCUACAGUUGUUCCUGGAGGAGACCUGGCCCCAGUGCAGCGGGCAGUCUGCAUGCUGAGCAACACCACGGCCAUCGCCGAGGCCUGGGCAAGGCUGGACCACAAGUUUGACCUGAUGUACGCCAAGAGAGCUUUUGUGCACUGGUAUGUGGGAGAAGGCAUGGAGGAGGGAGAGUUUGCAGAGGCCAGAGAGGACCUGGCUGCCCUGGAAAAGGACUACGAAGAAGUGGGAACUGACUCAUUCGAAGAGGAGAAUGAUGGGGAGUAAUUAAAAAAUACAUUUUGUCUGUGAA